AUGCCUUCCUUGACCCGCCAAACUUGCCGCUUGAAUUCUCAUUAUGGAGGCAUUGGCGAGGGUGUGUUCCAACAAAGGCCAGCAGGACUCAGCAAAAUAUCCACACGCACUUUCUACAGCAACGAUGCUGUUGUCCCGUUUUUCAAUCGCACUCGGGAAACUAAACAACUCGCCGGUCGGGUCAACAGAAAACCUGUUCUGACAGUCCUGCUAGGACCUCCCAGUACUGGGAAGACGGCGCCUGUCAGAUAUGUCACCACCCAGCUGCGAGUGGAUGGAAGCCCACAGUUCCAUCCACUGACCAUUGAUCUCCGGUCAGUGGACACUUCGGAGGAGGGUGCCUUCCUUGAGGCCUUUUUGGAUAAUCUAAAUGGAGCAGGGGCAUGGGCAUGGCCCACGGUAUGGAAUGACAUGAUCAGCACCACCACACAUUCAAGUGGAUCCCUUAGAGCAUCUCUAACGGUCUGGGGGUGGAUCGGCUCGCCUUUGGCGGCCUGGAGUCAGAUGUCCCGAGGUGUCACCGGUCUGUCACAGUUGUCCUAAAUGCGGACUGUGAAGUUGAGCGGGGGUGGGUGAAACGCGG